AUGUCUACCUCCCUACUCCAGACAAUGUGGGCCUGGGCCUUCAGGACAACAGGAGAAAAGCUGGAGGAAGGGAUUAAAUCUGGAGAAGCUGGUAAUGGUGAGAAUGCAGAUGCAGGGCAGAGUAAUGAGCACAGAGAAUCAGGAGAACAUGGGAAACAAGAUAUACAACCAUUUAAAUUGUCUGAAGAGUCUGAAAAGACAGAAGAAAUUAAAGAAUCCAUUGAUACAGAAAAGGGAAAGAGCCAGGAGGAAGGGAUUAAAUCUGGAGAAGCUGGUAAUGGUGAGAAUGCAGAUGCAGGGCUGAGUAAUGAGCACAGAGAAUCAGGAGAACAUGGGAAACAAGAUAUACAACCAUUUAAAUUGUCUGAUGAGUCUGAAAAGACAGAAGAAAUUAAAGAAUCCAUUGAGACAGAAAAGGGAAAGAGCCAGGAGGAAGGGAUUAAAUCUGGAGAAGCUGGUAAUGGUGAGAAUGCAGAUUCAGGGCUGAGUAAUGAGCACAGAGAAUCAGGAGAACAUGGGAAACAAGAUAUACAACCAUUUAAAUUGUCUGAUGAGUCUGAAAAGACAGAAGAAAUUAAAGAAUCCAUUGAGACAGAAAAGGGAAAGAGCCAGGAGGAAGGGAGUAAAUCUGGAGAAGCUGGUAAUGGUGAGAAUGCAGAUGCAGGGCCGAGUAAUGAGCACAUCGAAUCAGGAGAACAUGGGAAACAAGAUAUACAACCAUUUGAAUUGCCUGAUGAGUCUGAGAAGACAGAAGAAAUUAAAGAAUCCAUUGAGAAAGAAAAGGGAAAGAGCCAGGAGGAAGCGAGUAAAUCUGGAGAAGCUGAUAAUGGUGAGAAUGCAGAUGCAGGGCAGAGUAAUGAGCACACCGAAUCAGGAGAACAUUGGAAACAAGAUAUACAACCAUUUCAAUUGUCUGGGGAGACAGAAGAAAUUAUAGAAUCCACUGAGACAGAAAAGGGAAAGAGCCAGGAGGAAGCGAGUAAAUCUGGAGAAGCUGAUAAUGGUGAGAAUGCAGAUGCAGGGCAGAGUAAUGAGCACACCGAAUCAGGAGAACAUUGGAAACAAGAUAUACAACCAUUUCAAUUGUCUGGGGAGACAGAAGAAAUUAUAGAAUCCACUGAGACAGAAAAGGGAAAGAGCCAGGAGGAAGCGAGUAAAUCUGGAGAAGCUGAUAAUGGUGAGAAUGCAGAUGCAGGGCAGAGUAAUGAGCACACCGAAUCAGGAGAACAUUGGAAACAAGAUAUACAACCAUUUCAAUUGUCUGGGGAGACAGAAGAAAUUAUAGAAUCCACUGAGACAGAAAAGGGAAAGAGCCAGGAGGAAGCGAGUAAAUCUGGAGAAGCUGAUAAUGGUGAGAAUGCAGAUGCAGGGCAGAGUAAUGAGCACAUCGAAUCAGGAGAACAUUGGAAACAAGAUAUACAACCAUUUAAAUUGUCUGGGGAGACAGAAGAAAUGAUAGAAUCCAUUGAGACAGGUGUGCCUUUUGCAGUAGCAGCAGCCAAGAAUGAAAAAGACUGCAGCUUGGAAGACAUAGAACGGGACCAGUUCCGCAAGGUAGAAAUCUAUAUAAGACUGGCCGGGCGGGCAAAACGUACUUAAUCUUCAACCACCUGUACCAAAAGCCUCCGCCUUUUCUUCCGGAUCAUUCCCUGCCUCCGUCUUAUCAGCCAACUCUCUCCACAUGUGUACAAUUCACUUUUUAUAGAUGUCACCCACUGCUCGGAUAAUGUACCUCAUAUCCAGAUCCAUUAUGGGCCAAAGAUACUUUGUCUAUGGCCAAAUCAUUGAGUUUUCAUUAAUUAUUAAACAUUUAAGCGAUUAUUAACAAUCAUCCCAAACAUAAAGCAAUGUCUGAUUACCAAUAAUUAUCCGUCCUGUAAUUAAACAAUAUGCUACGACUUCUGAGGUCAUUAACCUCAAACAAAGAGCUUGGUAUUAAUAAUUAUGUUAUAUUUUAGAGAUACAAACAAAACUCUGACUAUCAUAAUUUUAAAGUUAUAUUUUAGCUAAAGGAAAACGUUCUGCCCCAAUCAAACCAGUGGCAUCGUGUUAUUAUCAUUAAAGGGAUAAUGAGGAAAUUCUCACCAUUCAAAAUUAAAAUAUACAAAGGUUUAUAUUACAAAGAAGUACAGUAAUAUAGCUUAUUAUGGAAUUCUAUUGUACACUGAUCUACUUUUAAUAAAGGGUAAUUACCGUAUAUCUUGUGGUCAUUAGUGUUGGUUUAUGUUAGGUAAUAUACCUGAAUUAUAAGAGAUAAUUU